AUGCCCGAUAAUCACACUCCACUCAAGAGAGAAGCAAUGGGAAUUAGAAAUCAGCGAGAAAUGCCCGAUAAUCACUCUCCACGCAAGAGAGAAGCAAUGGAAAUUAGAAAUCAGCGAGAAAUGCCCGAUAGUCACGCUCCACUCAAGAGAGAAGCAAUGGGAAUUAGAAAUCAGCGAGAAAUGCCCGAUGAACAUGCUCCACGCAAGAGAGAAGCAAUGGGAAUUAGAUAUAGACGUAGUGGCAGUCGUCGUAUACACCGUGAUGUGCAUCAAAAACGCUAUGGCCUUGAUGGAAAGAAA